AUGUUGGUGUUAGCGCCCUCACAAACACUGCAAAUUGACAAGUAUCCAUCAUAUCUGUGUUUUCUUUAUCUUUCAGGUGGCCACAGGCAAUCAGCAGGGCAAGUAAAUCUUCAAGCUCCACAAAAUUCUGAACUGGAUGACGGCCCAGUGACUGGGUUAACUUACAAAGUAAAAGACCAAUCCGUAAGUGGCAGAAUGCCUUCUACAAAUACCAUCCCAAGUGCUGAUGAAUCUGAUGAAGUGGAAAUUGUCGUUGGAAAUGUAAAUGAUCUUGAGCGUGGCAAAAUAAAAGAAAUUGAAAUUGGUAAUGAGAAAGCUUUAAUUGUGAAAGAUGAUGGAAUUUUUGCAUUUGGUUCCAAAUGCACUCAUUAUGGCCUUCCUCUAAGUAAAGGUGCUUAUUGCAAUGGAAGAAUCCGUUGUCCAUUUCAUGGUGCAUGUUUCAAUGUGAAAACGGGUGAUAUUGAAGAUUUUCCUGGACUUGAUAGUAUUCAUACAUUUAAGGUUGAAGUAGAGAAUGAUAUUGUGAAAGUGAUAGCAUCUAAGAAGAAGCUAACCCAGUUUCGACGAGUUAAAGAAAUGGCUAAUUGUAACAGUGAAGCACAACAGACUUUCCUUUUAAUUGGAGGAGGACCAGCAUCUCUUUCAUGUGCAGAAACACUGAGGCAAGAAGAUUUUGAUGGUAAAAUUAUUAUUGUAACCAAAGAGGAUUAUCUUCCUUAUGAUAGGCCCAAAUUAUCUAAGGCUAUGAGUUCCAAUGCUGAUUCUAUAGCUUUACGGAAAAAGGAGUUUUUUACUGAGCAUUGCAUUGAACUUCAAACAGGAAAAGAGUUGAUCAGCCUUGAUACAGAUAAAAAUUCUGCUGAGUUUAAAGAUGGCAGUAUAAUAGAAUAUAAUGCUUUGAUGAUUGCAACUGGUGGAAACCCAAGAGAGCUUGAACUACCAGGAAGUGACUUAAAAAAUAUUUGUUAUCUCCGGACUCCUGAUGAUGCGAAUUUCAUUGAUAAAGCAAGUGAUGACAAAAAUGUGGUCAUCAUUGGAAGCUCAUUUAUUGGAAUGGAAGUAGCUGCUGCUGUUAUUGGUAAAGCAAGUUCAGUGAAUGUGGUUUGUAGAAGUGAUUUACCAUUCAAAAACGUUUUUGGAACCCAAAUAGCUGAAAGAAUAAUGGAGCUGUACAAAGAGAAAGGAGUUAAUUUCUAUUACAAUUGCCAUGCAACUGAACUUCUAGGAUCUGAUGGAAAUUUGACUACUGUGGUGCUAAAUAAUGGCACUUCUUUACCAGCUGAUAUUUGUGUUGUUGGAAUUGGUGUGACUCCUGCAACAACUUUCCUGAAAGAUGCAGGUGUACAAAUGAAUUCUCAAGGAUUUAUAACUGUAGAUAAGCAUAUGCGAACUAACAAGGAAAGAGUCUAUGCUGCUGGGGAUAUAACAGAAUUUCCUCUGUUCAUCAAGAAUGAUUCUGUUGUAAAUGUGCAACAUUAUCAAAUGGCUCAUGCCCAAGGCCAUAAUGCCGCCUUGAAUAUGUUAGGAAAAGAGCAGGAACUGAAGAGUGUGCCAUUCUUUUGGUCUAUGAUGUUUGGUAAAAGUAUCCGUUAUGCAGGUUAUGGGGCUGGUUAUGAUGACACUGUUGUUUUUGAAGAUGAUCAAAAAAUUGCCACCUUUUUUAUCAAAGAGAAUAAAGCUGUUGCUGUGGCAAGCCUCAACCAUGACCCAAUUGUUGCUAAAUUUGCAGAACUUUUAUUCAAUGGAAAAUCUCUAUCAAAGUUGGAUGUUACAAACAAAUCCAAUGAAUGGCUAUUUAGUUAA